CUUAUGUUUAGUUACAGUGGUCUGCAUUUUUAUCGUCAUACAACAAAGACGAUUUUUCUACUUAAGUUUUGAUUUUUAACAAGUUUAAAAAUGUUCAAAAUACAAGUUUAAAGUUAACUUAAAAAUAAUCUUUUUAUUGAUAGCGUCUCUUUGUUUCCAUUUUUAUGUGUAUCCAAGCUGUUUGAAAUCUUGCUUGAAAUCAUAAUUAAAAAUAAAAGCCGUCUUCAUUGUUUUGAUUCAUACGGCGACGACUGUAGCUUCUAGCAAAGUAUGUAUAUUCAAGGAAGAGGGGAACUUAGUAAUGUUUUAAUAAUACUAACUAAGAAGAUUACAUAUAAUAGUACGAAUAAAGAUAACAAUUCAGUCAGUUUGCAUAAGAGCUACAUAAUAAACAGAUACAAUUAUUAUUAUGAGGAACUGGAUCACUUUCUGUUUUUUGUCGAUUUUCCUACUGAAUUUAUGCAAGGGAGGAAGCUAUCUUUUCUACCUUCCGUUUAGCUCUAAAAGUAACAAGUUAGCUUUAAUGCCAAUGGUGAAGGAGUUGGCUAAACGCGGACACAGUGUCACAUUGGUGUCUCCUAAUCGAGAGAAAAAAACAAUACCUGGUGUUAACGAAAUUAUUAACGACUUCCCAGACGAACUUUUUAACUCAGUUUCUGAGGCUGUAAUUCAGGAGAAUUCAUCUGGAAGUUUAAGCCUGCCUUUCUUUGAGGUGUUAGAAGCUACUAUUGAAGCUAACAGGGCUGCCUUAUCCCAUGAGGACUUUCAAAAGUUGCUUUUAGAUGAAAAGGUUAAAGUUGAUGUGGUUGUAACAGUACCAGUUUUUGGAAAUGAAGCUGGUUUCUUUGUGUCAAACAAGAAGAAUGCAUCUUUGGUUAUCUUCAGUCCAGUACCCUACAUAUUCCCAAAUAUGGCAAGUGCUGUUGGAAACCCUGUUAAUCCAUCCUACAUGCCUCUUGCAGUGUUUCCUUACAAGCAGUCAAUGAACUUAAAGGAGAGGUUUAUAAACACAAUGGCAACAACUAUAUUAACAUUGGGUAGAACAUACUACAUCUUACCAAAGGUAGAAAAGAUGAUUGGUCAAGUUUUUCCAAAUGAAGGUCCAGUUAACCUAGAUGAGCUAGCCCUCUCAGCUAGUUUAAUGAUAAAUUUAGGAAGUCCGUUCAUGGGGGAUGGGCUGAGACCAAUGCUGCCUAACACAAUUCAGGCAGGGUUAAUGAGUUGUGGGCCAGGAAACCCUCUACAAGGAGAACUAAAAACGUGGGUUGAAGGGGCAGAACAUGGAGUUAUUUACAUGUCCUUUGGGUCCAUAAUCAAAGCAUCAAUAAUGUCAGAUGCAAAGCGGAAGUUAUUUAUCUCUGUGCUGAGCCAACUCAAGCAACGGAUAAUCUGGAAGUGGGAUAAAGAAAUGCCGGAUGCUCCUGAAAAUGUUCUUAUUUCCUCCUGGCUGCCUCAGAAAGAUAUCCUAGCACAUCCCAAUGUAAAGCUUUUUAUAACACACGGGGGAGCAGGAAGCAUUCAGGAAACUAUUUGUUUUAAAACUCCUGUAAUUGGUAUUCCAAUCCAAGGAGAUCAGGUUGCUAACUUGGCUGAAGCUAUCACUAAAAACCUUGGAAUUGUCAUCAACUGGGGGGAUGUGACGGAACAAAACCUGCUUGAAUCAAUUACAAUGGUUCUAGAUGAUUCUAGCUACCAGGAAUCUGUGACCAAACUCCAAAACCUGAUAUUGGAUCUUCCAAUAGGCCCGUUAGAUGCUGCAGUAUGGGGACUGGAAUAUCUUCUGCGCCAUCCACAUAAUCUUGAGAUGAGAAGCCCAACUCAUGAUCUGUAUUGGUUCCAGUAUCUUUUACUUGAUGUGAUCAGCAUUGUAUUAUUAGUAAUUACCAUAGUAAUCUUCCUUGGCAAGGGACUAUUUAGAUUAUUGUGUGGAGCAUCAAAUAAGCGGAAAAAGGAAUAGAUGUACAGCUGUAACAAUGGCAUUUUGUGAACCUCUAAUAUUUAUAGGAUUUUGUUGAAUCAAUUUUAUUUUAUAAUGCUAUGAUUUUUUUUUAUAAUAUUACAUGUUUAAAUUUACGACAGAGUGACUUUUUAAGUACAUCAUAUGAUAUCAAAUAAUAAUUGCUGAUAAGUUUAUUUUAUCUCUAACUUUCUGUAAUUUAUAAAUUAAAUCUUAUCGAUUUUAAA